AUGUCGAGUUGUGCCAGUGAUAAGGCCCCCGGGCCUGAUGGUUUCUCCUUGGCCUUCUUCCAACUCUGUUGGGACACCAUUAAGGGGGAAUUGAUGGAAGCCAUUGAAUACUUCCACAUGAAUGGUGCUUUCGAGAGAAGUAUCAAUGCUUUUUUUAUUACUAUUGUGCCUAAGAAAGAAGGCGCAUCUUGUAUCAGAGACUACAGGCCUAUAAAUGCGUUUGUGGAAAGUAGGCAGAUCCUGGAUGCUGCUCUGGUGGCAAAUGAACUUGUAGACUCCAGAAAAAAAAAUAGAGAACCCGGCUUACUGUGCAAGUUGGACCUUGAAAAGGCUUUCGACCAUCUCCAGGGAUCUCAGGUACUGCAGUGGUUUCAGAUAGUAUCAGGACGCAAAAUCAACCUCGUCAAGUGUGAGAUUUUCCCGGUGGGUGAGGUUGCUAACAUUGAUGUUUUAUCUCACGUUCUCGAAUGCAAGUUGGGCUCUCUUCCCACUACUUGCCUGGGUCUACCAUUGGGCGCUUUGCAUAAGGAUACUACGGUUUGGAAUCCAGUCAUUCAAAGGGUUGAAAAAAGAUUAGCAGGCUGGCAGAAACGGUACUUGUCAAAAGGCGGUAAGGAAGUGCUUAUCAAAAGCACUUUGUCGAGUAUCCCUACCUAUUACUUGUCCUUGUUGCAAGCUCAUAUGAGCAUCACAGAAAAACUGGAACGGCUUCAAAGGAAUUUUCUUUGGGAUGCGGCGGAUGGAACUAGAAAGUUUCAUCUAGUGAAUUGA